GGCGCCAGCGAGACCCUGAGCCAGUGCUGCCGGCGCGGCUUCCGCAUGGGGGUCGUCUCCAACUUCGACAACCGGCUGGAAAACAUCCUCUGCCAGUGCAACCUGCGGCACCACUUCGACUUCGUCCUCACCUCCGAGGUGGCGGGCUGCGCCAAGCCGGACGGGAGGAUCUUCGAGCAAGCGCUGCGCCUCGGCGGGGUCCCGCCCCCGCAGGCAGCUCACGUCGGGGAUACUACAAGGCGGGACUACAGCCGGGAUUACAGGGCAGCGCGGGCCGUGGGCAUGCACAGCUUCCUGCUCCGGGCUGCGGGGCAAGGAGAGGAGCCGGAGGUGCCUCCCGAGCACGUCCUGCCCACUCUCAGCCACCUCCUGGCUCUUAUUGAGAAGGGGUAG